CAGCAUCAUGUUCAAGAUCGUCUUGAUCGCCGCCGUCUUUUGCGCUGGCUUCGUCGCGGCAGACGAUGAUGUCCAGUUUGCCCUGAUCACCCCCUGCGAUGGCAACUCAGGCCUCAACCCCCUGGGCUUUGGCACCAUUGCCUGGACCUCGGGCGCUUGCAUGUACUAUGGCGAAGACUUUUACCUCAUGGCUGACUGCGCGACCAGUACGCUGAAGAUCUUCAACAGCUCCAGCUGCACUCACAUGAUGAACAGUGAGCCAUUCGCGUGCAACGGGGGCGGCUUCUCCAUCACGUGCGGCACCGCCCCGGAGAACACCGUCGGCACCAUGCUCCUUUACAACGAGGAUGACUGCUCCGAUAAACCCAACACGCGCUACUUUGUCACCGACAGCUGCAUCCAGCAGGACGACGACGACGAUGAUGAGCCACGCGCGGCCCGCGCAAGCCCCACCUCCAUGACCGUGGCUUGUGAGGACAAGAAGAUUGUGGUCAGCGUGUACACUAGCUCGGCCUCGUGCACUGGCACCGCCACCAGCUUCACCGUGCCCUCGAAUGAGUGCCUGGACCUGAACACCGUCUUCCCCAGCGACGAUGAUGAUGAUGACUACGAUGAUGACGAUGACCACCCUUUCCUGGCAGACAAGAUUGUGGCCAAGUGUGGCGCCGACACCACCGCCGACGGCACUGGCAGCGCGACCACCGCCUCGGUAACGGCUGGUCUUGUGGCCACCGUGGCCCUGAUUGCGGCUCUGCUCUAAAGCUGCGUCUCAUCAUUUGAAGCCAUUGUAGCCUCGUGAGGCACACGCAAUUUAUCAUGAUCUCACGGUCAUAGUUUU